AUGGUCAAUCCAUCAGGCGGGCUCUACCCGGACGGCAAAAUGACAGCCAAAGUGAUCAACGACAUGCACAAGUGCAAGGCCGCUGGGACACCCUGUUUCCUCACCGCAGGGUACAAUCGGCCUCACCUCCCCUUCAACGCGCCACUGAAGUACUGGGAGAUGUACGACCUUGAAUCGAUCGAGUUGGCAGAUAACCCAUACCUCGCGGUCGACGCGCCAAAGCGUUCGCUCCACUACUUUGAGCUCAAGAACUACAACAACAUCCCGCCUUACGGCUACCUCAACCCCCUGAACGACUCGAUGGCGCGCACGCUGAGGCACGGCUACUACGCCAGCGUGUCGUACGUCGAUGCCUUGAUCGGCCGCCUCAUCGACGAGCUCAAGUAUCUAAACAUGUACGAGGACACAAUCAUCACGCUCGCCAGCGACCACGGCUACCAUUUGGGUGAGAAGGGGACGUGGUGCAAACACUCGGUCUACGAGGAGACGCUGCAUGUACCGCUCAUCAUCAAAGCGCCGGGAUACGCACCGUCGAGGGUGCCAGCCCUGGUGGAAAACAUCGACAUCUUCCCGACCGUGCUCGAGCUAAACGAGAUCCCCUUCCCACGCCACCUCCAGGGCAAGAGCUUGGACGCUAUUUUCGCGCGCUAUCUCGACGGCGACACCAUUCGAGUUCAGCCAAUGAACACGAGCACUCGCGUGGUUGAGGACUACCAGUACAGCGAGUACUGUGCGGAAGCUUGCUGGUCGAUCGAGCGCUGCGGGCCUGCCUGCUCCUCAACGUCCAACGGCACCAUCAACGAGAUCACAACGACCAUCGACAGCAUACGACGGGCCGACAACGACAACAUGUUUUAUGACCACACGAUCGACUGGGACGAGAAUUACAACCGCGCACACUACCCGUUCCGGCCGAAAGAGGAGAACUCCUCCGAAUAUCGCAGCUAUCCGCAGUACGCGGAGGGGAUUUAUGCCCUGACUGUGGCGACUUAG